AUGGAAGCGAGAGAGCUCGUGUCGAUGAUCCGGAAUGGCGGCUUGCAGGAAGCCCACGCAAGGAUCCAAUCCCAUCCCCAUUGCGCAGGCACUUACCUGUGGAAUGUGACGCUCACGGAGCUCGCCAAGAGUGGCCGCCUGAUGGAGGCCAAGAGCUUCUUUGACAAUGCGAUGCCGAUCCACGAUACCAUCUCGUGGAAUGUGAUGGUGGUGGGAUUUGCCCGGAAUGGGCAUCUUGCGGACGCCGAGAGAGCCCACCGCGAGAUGCCACAACCGAGCCUUGUGUCGUCCACGGCAAUGAUCGUUGCCUACGCGGAGAAUUUUCGAUUGCAAGACGCUAAGGAGCUCUUCGAUCGACUGCCGGUGCUGGAUCUAAUCGCCUGGAACGCGCUCCUAGCAGCACUUGCCCGGGCAUGGGAUUUCGUGGGCUCGCAGAGGGUGUUUCGAUCGAUACCCGAGCUGGAUCUCGUGUCCUGGACGACGAUGGUGGUCUUGUUCGCGAGAUCUGACAAGGCGGCGGUGGCGAAAGAGCUCUUCUCCCGGAUGCCCGAGCGGAAUCUCGUCGCGUACAAUGCGAUGCUGUCGAUAAGCGCGGAGAGAGGCGAUCUGGAAGGAGCUUGGUCGAUCUUUGCCACGAUGCCGGAGAGGAAUUUGGUGUCAUGGACGAGCCUGAUGGGUUCCUGUGCGGAGGCCGGGGACCUCGAUCGCGCAAAUGCCCUGUUCCACGAGAUGCCCGAGAGAAAUCUCGUCUCCUGGACAGCGAUCCUCAACGCCCACCAGGGAAACCUCGAUGCGAUGGAGGAGAUCUUCGCCCAGAUGCCUGCGAGGAAUCUAGUUUCCUGGACCGCGAUGAUCAGCGCCUACUCCCAGGCCGGGAAGAUCGAGAGAGCCAAGAAUCUCUUCGAGCGACUGGAGGAGAGAGACCUCGCCUGCUGCAACGCGAUGCUGUCCGGCUACUCGCGCGGCGGCGAUCUCGCCGCGGCCGAGAAUCUCCUGGCGAGAAUGCCAUCGCUGGACCUGAUCUCCUGGACCCUUCUCCUCGCCGCGCUCUCCCAAUCCGGCGCCCUGGAGAGGGCCAAGCGCUGCUUCGAUGCCCUGCCGCAGCAAGACAUCGCGACGCUCAACACGAUGAUCGCCGCGCUCGCGCAGUGCGGCCAGAUCGACGCCGCCAAGAACACCUUCGACUCCAUGCCCGAGCACAACGCAGUGUCGUGGACGGCCCUGAUCACCGGACACACGUACGGCGGAGAUCUCCCCUCGGCCAAGCACGCGUUCGAUUCCAUGCCCCAGCAAAAUCCCACCGCCUGGAACGCCCUGCUCUUCGCGUAUGCCCUCAACGGCCAUCUCGCGUCCGCGCUGGACACCUUCCAGCGAAUGCCCCACCAACGGACGCACGCCACGUGGGCAGCGCUGCUGACUGGAUAUGCCCACCACGGGCAUAGCGCCCAGGUGGAGAGCUUGUUCCGCGAGAUGGCGAUGGUGGAGAUGCCCUGCGAGGCCGCGAUCACGGCGCUGCUCGUCUCCUACAGCCGCGCUGGGGAUUUUCGAUCGGGGGGGAGGCUACUGGCGACCAUGGCGGGCGAUUUCGAGAUCCGGGCGAGCAAGCAGCACUACUGCUGCGUGAUCGAUCUGUUGGGUCGAGCCGGGCAUCUGGAUUCCGCGAUGGAGCUUGUGAGAAGCAUGCCGUUUCAUCCCAGCCGGCACGACUGGACGUGUGUGAUGGCAGCGUGUGGGAGGAUCGAGUGCGAACCAGGCGAUGGAGUCGUCAUCCGGGUAGCCGCCAAGCGCUCGCUCGUGGAAGACGACCGACUCGAGAUCGAUCGAGACGUGGGGAUGGGUCAGUGGAGUGGGGGUUACGUGUUGCUCGCGAAUUCGUACAUGCUAUCCACAGUGAAUCUAAAGGCUCAAACUUGA